AUGAAGGCCCGCCUUUCCUUAAUCCUAAUUUUAUGUGUCGUGUGCAGGGACUGUGCAGUGCGAUGCACGGGUACCAAUGACAAUCCAGGAGCAGAAACAGGAAAACAAGCAGAAGAACGAACAGAAGCAGGAGGAGGACCAGGAGGAGUAGAAGGAACAGGAGCAGGAGCACAAGGAGUAGUAGGAGCAGCAGGAGGAGGAGUAGCAGGAACAGGAGCAGUACCAGGACAAGGAGGAGCAGUACCAGGACCAGGAUCAGGAGAAGCAGUGAGCUUAAGCCAGGAUGCAGGUGAUACCCCAAGGGAGGGACAGCCGGUAGCCUCACAAGAUGGCGCACUGCCAGCAGAAAAUUCCGAAGACGCACAAGGACGCACUGACGAAACUUCCAGCAAUUCUGUUGAUAGUCCUAGCCCAGAUUCGAAUCCAAAUCCAGUUGUAGACAACGCCGAAGCAGUAACGGUAACAGCUCCGUCCGAAGGCCCCAAAGAGGAGAUCCCCGUAAAGUCGUCGCUCCUGAAGGGCUACAAGGGGGUGAAAGUGACAGGGCCGUGCAGCGCAAGCUUCCUCGUUUUCUUCGCCCCGUAUCUGUUCAUCGAUGUGGACGCGGAGAGUAGUAACAUUUACCUAGGAACCGACUUGAGCGAUCUAGAAGUCACAGAGAAAAUGGGUGUAGGAGAAAACAAUACAAAUAAAUGCGAUGAUGGAAAGACAUUCAAAUUUGUUGCGCUCAUAGGAGAUGACCACUUGACCAUUAAGUGGAAGGUCUACGACCCGAAAGUUCAAACGCCACCCCAAGAUGACACAGCGGAAAUGAGAAAGUACGUAAUGAAAAGCCUGAAUGGAGAAUUCACCUCUGUGCAAGUACACACCGUGAUCCAGCAAAACGGCUCCAAUGUGUUUGAAAGCAAAAACUAUGCCUUGAGUAACGACAUGCCUGAACAAUGCGACGCAAUAGCUACCAACUGCUUCCUCAGUGGAAGUGUGUAUAUAGAAAAGUGUUACAGAUGCACCCUGAAAAUGAAGAAAUUGAAUCCAUCGGAUGUUUGCUACAAUUAUAUUCCCAAGGUGGAAAAUGCACCCAGUCAGGAGAGCAUUUCCGCCCAGGCAAGCGAUGAAGAGUCCAUGCAAGAGAAGUUGGCAGCUUCGAUUGGUAUGAUCCUACAAGGGAUGUACAAAAAAGGAGAAACUGGUCUCAACGAGUUGCUUAUCUUCGACGAAGCAGAUGCAGCUUUGAAAGAGGAACUGCUAAAUUAUUGCGCCUUGAUGAAGGAGGUGGAUACCAGUGGAGUGUUAGAAAACUACGAAUUGGGCAGUGAAGAAAACGUGUUUGCCAACAUAACUAACAUGCUACAGAAGAACAGUGACUAUUCCGUGUCGUCAUUACAGAACAAACUAAAGAAUCCCGCUAUGUGUUUGAAAAAUGCGGACGAGUGGGUAGGUAGCAAAAUGGGAUUAGUGCUUCCUAAUCUGCCAUAUAACCAUUUGGAAGUACCCCAUCCCUCGACUCCCGAAGUGGCCAACGUCGAGGACACGAGUGAGGAUACACAGAGUGGCGGAUACGAUGGUGUCAUCGACUUCUCCACGGCAAGCAAGACAAAUUUCAGCACCUCCCAAUACGUAGACAAAAUGCACUGCAACGGUGAGUACUGCGAUAGGACGAAGGACACCAGCAGUUGCAUAGCAAAGAUUAAGGCGGGGGAUCAGGGAGACUGCGCUACGUCUUGGCUGUUCGCCUCGAAGGUGCACCUAGAAACGAUAAAGUGCAUGAAGGGCCACGAUCAUGUUGCUAGUUCUGCUCUCUAUGUGGCUAACUGUUCCGGUAAAGAAGCGAAGGACAAGUGUCAAACUCCGUCGAAUCCGCUAGACUUUUUGAAUACCCUGGAGGAGACCAAAUUUUUGCCAGCUGAGUCGGACCUCCCAUACUCUUACAAAGAGGUGAAUAACGUCUGUCCGGAGCCGAAGAGUCACUGGCAAAACUUAUGGGAAAAUGUGAAGCUCCUAGACAAGCAGUAUCAACCCAACUCGGUGAGCACCAAGGGGUACACCGCUUACCAGAGUGACCACUUCAAGGGCAACAUGGACGCGUUUAACAAGUUGGUAAAAUCAGAAGUGAUGAACAAAGGAUCCGUUAUCGCUUAUGUGAAGGCACAAGGAGUGAUGACGUACGACCUGAAUGGGAAGAAGGUACUCUCUCUCUGUGGAGGUGAAACGCCCGACCUGGCUGUCAACAUAGUAGGUUAUGGUAACUACAUAAACGGGGAGGGAGUUAAAAAGUCUUACUGGUUGCUACAAAACAGUUGGGGCAAGCACUGGGGAGACAAAGGCAAGUUUAAGGUCGACAUGGAUGGUCCUCCUGGAUGCCAGCACAACUUCAUCCACACCGCUGCUGUCUUCAACGUGGACAUCCCCGUGGUGGAAAAACCCACAAAGGAAGACGCCCAGAUAUACAACUACUACUUGAAGAGCUCCCCCGAUUUCUGGGGCAACAUCUACUAUAAAAACGUCGGCGGUCAGACGAAUACCUCGGCAAAGAACGCAACGGGGGUGGCCAACGAAUCGGUGCUGCACGGACAAGCAGAUACAGAGGUGGAAGUAAAGGUUGCUGGAGAGGAUCCUGCUACUCCACUCAGUACACAGGCAACAGGAGGAGCGACAGCUGGGCAAGUAUCUACUGUUGUUCCGUCUUUACCUGUACAAGUGGAAGUAACCGUAGCACGAAACGUGGGUGCGCCAGGAGAUCAGGCAGGAUCACCAGGACCAGCAGGACCAACAGGACCAGCAGGAUCACCAGGAUCACCAGGACAAGAAGGACAAGAAGGACCAGCAGGACCACCCGGAACACCAGGACCAGAAGGACCAGAAGGAUCAGCAGGACCAACAGGGCCAGAAGGACCAGAAGGAUCAGCAGGACCAACAGGGCCACCAGGACCAUCUGGCACGCCCGGAACAGAAGGUCAGCCCGGCACAGCACCCGAAGCCGCUGUGCUAGACACCCAAGUAUCACAUGUCCUAAAGUACAUUAAAAAGAACAAGGUGAAGAUGAACGUGGUCUCGUACAAGAAUCACGAGGCUAUCACCACUGGACAUGACUGCUGGAGAUCCUACUCAGUCAAUCCAGACAAGUACGAAGAGUGUGUAAAGAUAUGCGAAGCUAACUGGAGCAAAUGUGAAAAUGAUGUAGCUCCGGGAUUCUGUUUAUUUGAACAUGGAAAGGAUAAUGAUUGUUUCUUCUGCUAUGUGUAA